CAACCGAAGCAGCUCUGACUUAAUCCGGAUUAUUACUACCAUCACCUUCUGUCUCAUCAGCAUUAAUCACCUCUCUGAUUUAAAAAAAAGUCCACAUGUGUUCAAACUUCACGAGACGGGAUGGAAAAUGAGCACAAGUGCUCUAGACCUGAAGGUAUAGCCUAUUGAAGGCGAGACUGUGGAAACUGCGAUGCCCGAAGAUACUCUGAAAGACACCAUGACGGUCCCCGAGUGCCCCUCUCUUACCAUUAAAGCCAACAACAACAACAAAAACGAUCCACCACCUUCAGUAUCCAUCCCUCUGGUGAACGACAGUCCUCUGACGGCGGCAACAGGUGGCACGGAGCUCUCGUGCUUCCGCUGUACUCUUCCCUUUGGCGUGGUGGUUCUGAUCGCCGGCAUUGUGGUCACAGCCGUCGCCUAUAGUCUUAACUCUCAUGGCUCCACCAUCUCCCACUUCGGCCUGGCACUGCUGUCGGCCGGCGUCGCUCUGCUCGGCCUCAGCGCCGCCUGCUGGAAGCUCCGCAGUGAGAAAAAGAAGGAGGAACGGAGACGGGAGAGCCAGGCCGCACUAGUCACCAACCAUAGGAUCGUCUAAUGACUGGUGGAUCUCUAGAACUUCUUGGAAUUUUCAGAAAUGUGAUUGAUGGUCAGAAAAAAAGUCUAGAAAAACCACAGAAGCAGCUUCACUUCUUCAGACUCUUUGGACGUCUUGCUUAAGUUGCAACAUCUUCCCAAACAAACUCACUAAAACCACAAAACUCUUUGGAUUACAGAUUUUAACUAGUAGUCUUUGCCUCAUGUCUUCAGACUAUUCCAAGUGACAGGAAUGUGUGCCUGCUUCCAUGGGUAAGACUGAACUCAAUAAAGGAAUUAGUCAGGUCAGAUUGAUCCAGAGUACCAGGAACAUCAUCCCCUGAUGUCUACAGAGCCAGAGAGUCAGGAAAAGACUGAAAAGCCACAGGAGUAUCUUUACCUAACUGAUUUCUUAGAAUUCAGACUGUUCAGAUUUAGACAAGCACUCUAUAAAUUCAGUCUUCUUGCUUCUUGAAAAGAAGCUCAUAAAACCACAGGACUCCUUGGAUUUUUUAGAUUUCAACUUCUACGUCACUUCUCUUCAGAUUGUUCAGAG